AUGACCUUCGAGACCAGCUUCAAGUUCCUCAAACAGGCCACCAUGCUCGGCGCCCGCGAUCAGCUGGACUCGCCGUCUGCGUGUCUCGUGGUCGGGAAAGUCGAGGAGGUGGACCGGCUGGUGUCCUGGUGUCUCCUACAGGAGGAGGUGGACUGGCUGGUGUCCUGGUGUCUCCUACAGGAGGAGGUGGACCGGCUGGUGUCCUGGUGUCUCCUACAGGAGGAGGUGGACCGGCUGGUGUCCUGGUGUCUCCUACAGGAGGAGGUGGACCGGCUGGUGUCCUGGUGUCUCCUACAGGAGGAGGUGGACCGGCUGGUGUCCUGGUGUCUCCUACAGGAGGAGGUGGACCGGCUGGUGUCCUGGUGUCUCCUACAGGAGAAGGUGGACCGGCUGGUGUCCUUGUGUCUCCUACAGGAGGACACAAGGACCUCCUCCAUCACCUCCUCCAUCACCUCCUCCAUCACCUCCUCCAUCACCUCCCCCAUCACCUCCUCCAUCACCUCCUCAUCACCUCCUCCAUCACCUCCUCCAUCACCUCCUCCAUCACCGUGUGGUUGGCUGGAGCCACAGUCAGGGACAAACAGAGACUACAGCGCAUUGUGCGCUCUGCAGAGGAAGUGA